CUCAGCUAGCUGUCAAGAGAUAGGUGGGGGGCUACCUAAGUUUAGGGCUGUGAAUGUGGGCACCACCUGGCAUCAAAUAAUGUUGACUUAAUCACUCUUGUGUAGUUAAUAACACUGAUAGGAGGGGGGGCAGGUUUGGAGGAAGGAGAGUCAUAGGGAAACUCUUGUUGAGUUUUGUUUUCAUGUUCCUUGGUCACCAGGGUUUGUAGAGGGCACAUUGCAGCAAUGAUGUUAUGGUUGAAAAGGCUAAAGAAAUUAUCUUGGAUUUAAAGUGGAUUAAGAGUAAAAGGGUUGGUACAGUAGGCCUCACUAGACUUAGCUGCAACUCAGAAUUUCUCCUUCAACAACUGAGUAAAUGCUGAUGGUCUUUGUGGAAUGUGGAUUAAAAGUUCGGGCUAAGUUCUCAAAAUUCCAAUUAAGAAGCGGAGAAAAAAUUUUAAAAACUGUCUCCUUCAAAGUUUGUCACAACCAACACCAUCAAGACAGCAAAUCAAAGGACAAAGACUUUGACCUGCUAAAUUACUAUAUUUAGUCCAGUCCACGUAUGGUAUAAAGACUUGGCUGGGGGGACCAAAAAGUAAAGUUGAACACAUCUGUCAUUGGAAGCUGUUGACUUAACAAAGUGACCAAAAUGAGGGCCGUGCUGGAGACAGCAGACAUUGCCAUUGUGGCCCUAUACUUUGUGCUGGUCAUGUGCAUUGGUUUUUUUGCCAUGUGGAAAUCCAAUAGAAGCACCGUGAGUGGAUACUUCCUGGCAGGGCGCUCUAUGACCUGGGUAGCUAUUGGUGCCUCUUUAUUUGUGAGCAAUAUUGGGAGUGAACACUUCAUUGGGCUGGCAGGAUCCGGAGCUGCAAGUGGAUUUGCUGUAGGUGCAUGGGAAUUCAACGCCUUAAUGCUUUUGCAACUUCUGGGAUGGGUAUUCAUACCAGUCUACAUCCGGUCAGGGGUGUACACCAUGCCUGAAUAUUUAUCCAAGCGUUUUGGUGGCCAUAGGAUUCAGGUCUAUUUUGCAGCCUUGUCUUUACUUCUAUAUAUUUUCACCAAGCUUUCGGUUGAUCUGUAUUCAGGUGCCCUCUUUAUCCAGGAGUCUUUGGGUUGGAACCUUUACUUAUCUGUGAUCCUGCUGAUUGGAAUGACUGCUUUGCUGACUGUAACUGGAGGCCUUGUUGCUGUCAUCUAUACAGAUACACUUCAAGCUUUGCUCAUGAUCGUUGGGGCACUUACACUUAUGGUUAUCAGCAUGAUGGAGGUUGGUGGGUUUGAGGAAGUUAAGAAAAGGUACAUGUUGGCGACGCCUAAUGUGACCUCAAUCUUGUUGACUUACAACCUUUCCAACAUGAAUUCUUGUAAUGUCCAUCCAAAACCAGAUUCCCUGAAAAUGUUGCGUGAGCCAACAGAUGAAGAUGUUCCUUGGCCUGGAUUCAUUCUUGGGCAGACCCCAGCAUCGGUGUGGUAUUGGUGUGCCGACCAGGUUAUUGUGCAAAGGGUCUUAGCUGCCAAAAAUAUCGCACAUGCCAAAGGCUCCACUCUGAUGGCUGGCUUCUUAAAGCUUCUGCCUAUGUUUAUUAUAGUGGUCCCAGGGAUGAUUUCAAGGAUAUUAUUUGCAGAUGAUAUUGCUUGCAUCAACCCAGAGCAUUGUAUGCAAGUCUGUGGCAGCCGAGCUGGAUGCUCCAACAUUGCUUAUCCACGCCUAGUGAUGAAACUGGUACCUGUGGGCCUGCGGGGGCUGAUGAUGGCUGUAAUGAUUGCAGCACUGAUGAGUGAUCUCGACUCAAUAUUUAACAGUGCCAGUACCAUAUUCACCCUUGAUGUGUACAAGCUCAUUCGCAAAACAGCAAGCUCCAGAGAGCUAAUGAUUGUGGGGAGAGUUUUUGUGGCCUUCAUGGUAGUGAUCAGCAUUGCUUGGGUGCCAAUCAUUGUGGAGAUGCAAGGGGGCCAGAUGUAUCUUUAUAUUCAAGAAGUGGCUGAUUAUCUGACACCCCCAGUGGCAGCUCUUUUCCUUCUGGCCAUUUUCUGGAAGCGUUGCAAUGAACAGGGGGCAUUUUACGGUGGAAUGGCUGGCUUUGUUCUAGGAGCUCUUCGCUUGAUCCUGGCAUUUACCUACCGUGCCCCAGAGUGUGACCAACCUGAUGAGAGGCCAGCCUUCAUAAAGAAUAUCCAUUAUAUGUAUGUGGCUACAGCUUUGUUUUGGGUCACAGGACUCAUUACUGUGAUUGUCAGCCUUCUCACACCACCUCCUACCAAGGAACAGAUCCAUACUACCACUUUCUGGUCUGUAAAAGUCCCAGACAAGAAAGAGAGCAUUCCACGAGAGGACCCAUACAAAAUGCAGGAGAAGAGCAUCCUGAAAAGCAGUGAGAACCCUGAGGGUACCAACCACAUUGUUCCUAAUGGAAAGUCUGAAGAGAACCUUAAGACUGUGCAACCGGAGGAUAUCACUUUGAUGCCAUGCAGAGAAGAGAGCAACCCAGUGUCUUCUCUAAGUCAUUCUGAGGCCGAGACACCAGUAGACUGUUACUCCAAUGGGCAGGCAGCUCUCAUGGGUGAGAGGGAGCAAGAGAAGGAGAUUGAGGGUAGACACCAGUACUGGAAAUUCAUAGACUGGUUCUGUGGUUUUAAAAGUAAGAGCCUAAACAAAAGAAGCCUCAGAGAUGUGAUGGAGGAGGAGGCUCUUUGUUUGCAAAUGUUGGAAGAGACUCCCAAAGUUAAGUUAACACUAAACAUUGGACUCUUCGCUGUCUGUUCACUUGGAAUCUUCAUGUUUGUUUAUUUUUCUCUGUGAACUUUUAAGGGGAUGGUGAGACGCUAGUUUGUGAGGAUACUUUCUUUGGGAAAAAAAAUUAUCUGUAACUGUUGCAUCUCUCAGGCAUUGUUUGUUCUGAGGUUUUAGCCAAAUUUUACUUAGCAAAAAAAAUCAUCUAUUUGGAAGACUUUUUAAUCUACCCAGAGUUGAACAAAAAUAAUACUCUUCAGUUUAAAUGAAGCAAAACUUUUUUUUAGCCUCCUCAGUUGUACAAAUGAAAUUAAAUUUUUCCUUCAAUACCAAAGUAAAGAAAAUGGUUUUAUCUUAAUGUUAUACUAUGAGAGAACCUAGACCAGCUACCAGUGGGACCUUUAAAGCAGAAUAAAUUUAUUUUACAGUACUUUGAACAGAUGUAUAGUAUACGCUGCCAAGUCUGGGUAGGAUUUUUCACACCUCAGAGGACAAGAUGCAUUCAAAUGUAAUUCUCUUGCAUCUUCUUACCUGUUUCCCCCACCCCCAUUCAAUUUUUCUAAAAAAAAAAAAGAUUCUUAUUGCACAAUCAAGUUUUGCUAUAAAACUAUUUAUUGGAGUUCUAUGGUAAGUCCAUCAGAAUAAGUUAGCCAGUUUUAUUGCCAGAAUUUGUAAGCCAAGAGUCUUUGUGAAAAGAAAGGAAAACUUUUCCUAUAGGUGUUCUUGUAUCAGCUGCUAUAACAGGAUUUUGAGAAUAACUUCAUGUUCUAGUUUCUUUUCUUUAUUUUCCUCUUUCAUUCCAUACAAAAAAUGGGCACUUGCAAAUUGUCACCAUGCCUUUCCCGUAAGGGAAAAUGGGUGAGAGAACGUGAAUGAUACGGUUUGAGCACUAUUACUGAGACAACUCAGAACCUAAGUCUUGUUGACAAGUUGGUUGACUUUCAUCUCUGAAGAGGAUGGAAAACAUUUCUGUGAUGGCAUGCUUUGAGGAGAGCCCUCUUCUUGUAUUGGAGAUGCUCCCCUUGGAGGAGCUGGCUUGACAUGGCCUGGCUUCUGUCUAGCUUCGAUAACUGAGAUGAGAGUUCCAUGUCCUAUGCCCAUUAGUAGGGAAGUCACAAGCUGGCUACCUUGGUUGAGGGUGGCAUAAAAGCACACAGAGCAAAUUCAUAAUUACUCUCUCUUACUGAAUCCUGUAUAGCUAUAUAGGUCUUCAGUCACCACAUCUUUAGAAAAAAAAAAAAGUGGAACACUUCUACUCCCUUUAGAUUUUUAUCAAAACCAUAUAACUUAAAUGUUACCAACUUCUUAAAACUUCUGGCUUUCAGUCAACCAUGAACCGUUAACUUAAAAGAUUUUUGUCUCUAGACUAAUCUUACUAUGUUGGACUACUACUAAUUGAUCCAACCAUGAUUAAUUUUAAAAUUUAUCUGAUAGCAAAAUGUCUUCCCAUCCCCACAGGGACUUUGUAGAGGAUGUCUGUGGUUUAUAAUAAUUCCUUGUAUUAAUAGCAUGUCUUUAUGGAGUGCCUUGUGAACAUUAUUGAAUUCAUUCUACAUGUUUAUACUCUUGGGAUAAAUAAGAAGGGGUCAGCCUUAUUUAUCCAAGAUACCAAGUUGGCCAGGUCUCCAACUUGUGUUUUGCCCAUUAAGAUAUACUUUUCUAAAGACGAAAUUCUCUGUGUCUGUUGAAAGGUAUGAUUAAAAAGUUAGGAGUUUUUUGAUAACUUUUAAGAAAUGUUGUAAUGUAAAGAUUUGUCCUAAUUUAAUUUUCUUUGGUAGCUUAUCGUAUUGUAGUGUGAAUUAUCUGUAUGCUGACUUGCAUGAUAUUGGUGUCAUUUUACCCCACUGAUUUAGAAGCAAUUGUUUUUUAACAUAUUUUAAUUUUUUUUUCUGAAGAAUGAAAUUUAGAACCAUUGGUUCUCAUCUCCCUCUAGUUGUCUUAAUUGGUUAUUAUACAAAUAAUAGCAUCUGUGUGUGUAUACAUACAUAUAUAAAUAUAUCUAUAUCUAUAUAUCUAUAUAUAUAUAUAUAUGCAUAUAUAUAUAUAUCUUAAACCUGGGCUAAUGGUUAUGAGUCAGGAAAGCUGUCAAAUUUGUGGUCAACUAAAACUAUCUGUUACUUUAAAUUGAAAACCCUGAUUAUUGCCAAGACUAUUUUUCAGCCAGAAAUAAUAACCUUCAGUAUCAUAAGUUAUUUAUGACUUGCAGACAAAAAUUUCUUAACAUAUUCUAUAGGAUUACUUGGAAAGAGGCGUGGACUAUUUUUAGUAAAAUACUUCUAAUGAUACAGCCAAAUAGGCAUCUCUUUAUAGACAUCAGUGUGCACAUUGUUGUUUGUUAUUUUAGGUUAAGGUUCAUAUUUGGUUUAUAGUAACAGGAAUCAAAGCUACUAAGAAUCAAAGUGAGGGAAAUGAAUGGAUUUGUUCUGCAAAGAUGAAAAGAAUUCUAUUAGCUGUCCCAUGGUCCGAGUUAUUUUGAUGUUUUUAGGUAAUUAUCUUCAUACUCCCAAAUGGGCAGGGUUAAUAACUCUCUACCCUGGAGUGACUACCUCAGCCCUUCCCCCCCCUUCCCCCCCAAGGCAACUCAUCAGUCUCCUACUUUAGAUAGGAGAAAUUCGGGUUCUGAAGGACUCUUUAGAGUUGGCAAUGCUGACAGUUUUUUGUAUCCUUUAGCCAUUCAUUUUGUAGCCAAAACCCCUUUUGCAUUUGGCUGCCAUGAUACAUUCUCUCUGUUGCAAAGAGUCUGUGGUUUCUCAAUGAAAGGGGUUGUUGCAACAGUCUGUCAAGGUGACCCAUGGUUGCAGCUCCUAGGGAUGGUCCCAUGUUUUUCAUAGAGCACUCUUAGAAUGUAACUUUUUAGAACUGGAAUGGAUGUUCGAGAUGGUCUAGCUUACGUUUCUACUUGCUUCUUUAUUCUUCAGUUGAGAUAGUUGAGGCUGGGAGAGAUUUAAUGAUGUGUCCUUACAAGCUAGAGCCAUUCCAAUGAGUUUUCUUUUCUGUUAUGCCACACUACUUUUAACUAUUUUACAAAGAAUCAACUGCUAUUUGCAGCUCAGUUUUUCUACCAUUGUCUCUGUGGUCCAGCUGUGUUCAUGACUACUUACAGAAAAGCAUGGUCUUUUCCAUUUUGGGGUAUAUUGGCAGCUUUUACAAUUUUUUCCUCUUCCCUACUAGCUAUACCAAGGCUAGUUCACCUCUAAAACCUUGCCUCUGUACCUGAUUAUCAGGUGCAGAAGGAUAGGAAAACUGAAGGUAGUUACCAUAAGGUAUAAGGCUUAAGGUAUAGGACCACAUUCCCUUUCAUAGGACACACCCAAGAGCAAAAAUACUUUCUAGUACCUCAGAGAUAACUAAAGCUCAUAAAUUCUUCUAGCCAUUCAUUUAGAAAAAUGAACUAGGCAAAUAACUGGGGAUUCUGAGUUUUACUUGGAUAAUAUUAAACAUGAGCAAGGCAGUAAAUUUAAAUGAUAUAAAUGGAAAUGAUGACUUCCCAAACACAGAUUGGAAAAAAAGUGAAUGUGGUAGAUGUUGACGUUUAAUCAUAUUAAGGAAGCCUGGUUUGACCUUAAAUUUUUUGUGAUGGACAGACUGUUAACCUUUAUAAUUGAAGUGAUAACAGUGGUUGAUCUUUAUUGGUCAUAAUUUAGUAAUGACAGUGUUUCAAUUUUUAUUUCCAAGGAUAUUAACAUUUCAUUUGGCAUGAUGUCUGGUUAAUACUGAGAUUAUCCAGAAUGCAUUUUAGGCAUAAUAUUGUCUACAGAGAUGUGACUCCUCUCCUUUCUUUUUCUGACUUCAUUUUCCUUCUAUCUCCUACUUUUCCUGUUUUCCUUUUCACAUUUUAAUCGGUCAAUGUUUUGUUAGCGUGAAGUAAUUUCAGACUUCUGGUCAUUGUAUGAGAGUCCUGCUUUACUGUGGUAUUGCAGAUUAUAAUCCCAAAGAAGACUCACUAAGUUUAGUUAUAUAAAAUAGUCAAGAAUAAUAUAUUAAACUUAUUUCAUUUUAAAAUUUAAUGCUUGCUGCUUUUCAUUGGGAAAAUCAGAGCUUUUUCCCCCAGCUUCAUUCAAUAUUCUUAGCAAAUAAUGUGCACUCUAGCUUAACCACCAGUAUUACUUAAUUCCCUGAUGUUUUGUUCUAUUUAAAAAAAACAAAAACAACACAAAAUUUGAGGAAGCUACAGUUAAGGAUUCAUAUCAAUUCCAUAUAAUGACAGUAGCUUAAUACAGUGAGACAGAGUAAUGCUGUCCUGCCAAAAAAGAAUUUAUAGGUAGUUUAAAAAAUGGCUUUUUAGAGAAGAGGGUGUAGGAACUGAUGGCUGAUAUGGGAUAGAUAAGAGGUUUGAUGAGCUGAAUUUUUCAUCUCCUAGUUGUUGGAGUGUUGUUGGUAGGCCUGAAAUUUAACCAAAUUCAGAAGGCAGUAAUCCGUGACUGCCUUGAAUCAGAAGACUUGCAAAACCCUUUUCUAUUUUAACGCAGAGAUUCUUAACCGUUUUUGUGUCAUGGGCCCUCCAAAGCUGCUAGGCUCCUAAAAAGGUUUAAUUUAAAAAUCAUAAUGGAAGAAAUGCUAACUUUUAGUUAGAGGUUAGUGCAAACAAAGAUGCAAAUUUCUCCCUCCAUCCUGAAGUCUACUUACAGACCUCGGUUAAGAACUCUUGCAGUGAUACACUACCCAACUACCUUUGUGGCAAGCCAGAAUAUUUGGCAACUUGGAUCAAGGUAUUAUUGCCUUUGUGUAGGAGCUUAGCAGGAGGCUCAGACUUCAUUACAGGGUCUAAAUGCUGCUACUGUCUCCUUCUUUUCAUCUGACUUAAGUUUUUUUUUUAAAUUCUUCUCCCCAAAUAAUGGGAAUGAGGCUUAAACUACUGAUGUACCUAAUAAAGAUGCUGUGAGGAUAAGUGAAAUUUGUUUAGUUAUUUUUAAGCACUUUGAGAUUUUUCAGAUUAUGUUGAUGUCAAAAAUAGUACUACCCCACAUACCCCAAUAGUUAGACUUCUAGCAAUUGCAACAAAUGAGACACAGCCAUGACUCUAAAAGGCUUUCAAAUAGAAAAAAAAAAUCUAGCAUUUGAAAUAUCCCUUGUAAAGACCUGGAAGCCCUUUGAGGACAGGGACUGUGCCUACUUAUUUAUCUCUGCCGUUUUAGCACAUAGCACAGUGCCUUGUUAACAAUAGGUGCUUAAUAAAUUAGUGUGUUUUUAAAUGAAUGAAUGAUCGAAAAUACCCAUGCACUUUAUUCCAUAUAAGAAGCCCUUACCUAGAGCCUAUGGACUCAAACCAUUUUCCUUACUUUACCAAGAAUCUUGAUUGUAUGAAUUUUUUUUGGGGGGGGGCUGUUAAAAAAAAAAAAAGCAGGCACAAUGAUAGCGAUAAGCCUUUUGAAAAUGUGUAACCUGAUAGACAAUAAGGGAGAAUAUGCAAGGUAAAUGCUGCAUAACCAUUAGGGACCACAUAGUAUAAAGCAUCUUCUACUCAGCUCUAGCCCCACCCCAGGCAUCAUGGUAUUACCUCUCAGUAGAGUGAUUGAUCAUAUAGAUCACAUACUUGUUAAGAAUAUCGUAUUGUAACUGUUAAAAUGUAGGGAUAUUUCUAAUACAUGGUAGGAAUACUUCCAGAAAAUGUUUUAAAAUAAAACUUGGCACUUAAUAGCAUUUCUGAUACCCACUUAGGGCAUACCCCACUUAACUACUAGUUCUGGGUCAGUGAGGCAUUACUGUACUCUGUAUUUUCUUUUACUUUUAAACAGGCAAUCUGGAUAAUUUUUAAUCAUUAUCUAGAGAUAUAAUUAAUUAGCAUGUUUCAAAAAUAAGUUGUUCUGUUGUAAAUACUGGCCUGGGUUGAGGAUUUGGUAGUAAUGCCUCAGGAAAAUAGGUCCAUGUAUUUUAGUGGUAGGAAGAUUAAAUUUUUCCAGUAAUGUGGAAAUCAAAAUUUGUUUGACUUCUCAUGAUACAGGGAAACACAGCAUCUCCUGGGUUACUUGUGAUGAGGCUUUUAAAAUUAAAAUUAUCUGUAUUUGACAUAGUGCCUUCAAGUAGUCAGUCCUGACUUUUCUGGGUCUUUUAACUGUAGUAGUAUAAAUACUAAUUCUUGCAGUUUUCUUUUAUAGUUUAAUAUAACUAGGAAGAAUAAAUCAAUGUGUACACAAGCUCACUGUAUAGCCAACUUUUUAUUAGACUGAAAGAAUCCAUAAUGUGAUAUGUUUGUUUUUUAGCUUAAAAUUAUAUUUAUUUUAGUGUUCAUGUGUGUAUGGGGAGGGGGAGUUUUUUAUUUUUUUAUUUUUGGCAACCUUACAGAAUUUUAUGUAUUCACUUACUGAAGCAUAAUCUGUAAGGCUUUUUUAUUUUUUGUUCCUUUAAGGCUUUUUUAUUUUUUGCUUUUAUGUUUGCCUAGUAUAACUUUAUGAUGCGAUGUUUGCUAAAAUCUUUGUGUGAAAAGAACAUUUUUUUAUUCUCUAUGGUGGGAGCUACAAGUGCAUUGAAAGCCCAGGAUUUAUCCUUUUUUUUUUGUAUAUAAAAUAUAUGUAUAUAUACACACACACACACAAAGCACAACAUAAAUGAUGUAUUUCCAGUAUUGCCCCAAUUUCAACUCUAAACCCCACCAAAAACAUUUCCAUUUUGUUACAUAUAAAGAUGGAGAACCUGAUAUUGGAAAUUCCAAAUAGUAGGUUAUCUACUCAUUUCAUCAGAGAUCCUAGAUUAUUAUAAAUUCUGUAUGUUAUUCUGUGUCUGUUUGUGUGUCAUAGAGGGAACAGGGGAAGCCCAACUGUUAAGAAUAUACAGUUAACAAAACUUACUGCCAAUAUAUUCACUGUCAGUGUAGGAAAUGGGGUCUGGUGAUUUGUAGCUUACUUGGCCUUUUUUUCCCCACAGCCUUCUAGGGUAGGGGACUAAAAUUGGAACUCCUUAUUUCUGGACUGGUGGUGUAUUAACAUUCUUCUUUAGGCUGCCAAGUCUGUCUUAAUUGUAAAGUUACUUUGUAAAACAUUGCCAUUUACAAGCAAUUCCAUAAAUAAGUCUUAGUUUUUUAAAAAAAAUGAUUCACAUUUUAAUAGUGUGAAUGCUUUAUAUAGUUAAUUCCUACAUGCACUUCUAUUUGAGAGAUCUGGGUUACUUUUUUUUUUCUUCUUCAUGGGGGACCUCAACUAACCUGAAUCAAAUCUAGAUAAUGAACAGCAGAUUUGAAACUUAAAUGAUUGUCACCUUGCCUUUUAUCUUCUCAGAGUAGCUGCAUUGUACCAUCUUAUUUAUACAGAUGCGUUCUUCCCAACCUAUUGUCUUGACCUAUGAUGCAGUGGUAUUAAUAGCUAAAAGAAUUAGUGUUCUUCUAUUUGUGAUUAUUUCCUCUUCAAACCAGUAUCCAUUCAGAAUUGUGUAGGGGGAAUGAAUUUAUGUGAGAGAUAUAUAGAUAUAUAUAAUAUAUAUACGUAUAUAUAUUAUAUAUAUUAUAUAUAUAUAUAUAUAUAUAUACGUAUACAUAUACGUGUGUGUGUGUGUAUAUUUUUUCCCAUGGGGGAGGAGUUGUGGAGAAUUCUUAAUACUUCUGCCUAAGGACUACUGAUAUUAGGGACCCAAAUAAAUUUUACAUUUUUGAACUGUUUCCUUUAAGACUUGGGGAAGGAUAGAGCACCACAGAAUAGAAAAACUGGAAGGUGUGAUCUUAAAAGCUGGGUAUUAUUUUAGUAAAGGAGUGAAUCCUUAAGGACAGAAGUAUCAAAGAAGUGAUUGUUCUCAGAAUUUUAAGUAAGGAAAGGGCUUGACUUUGGCAGUGUAUGGUAGAGCAAAAAAAUAAUUACAGGUAAUACAGUAUGCGUGCUGUACCCUUUAUUGUUGUUUUGAAGUUAAAAUGGUUAUAUGUGAUAAUUUAAAGAAAUGUUUUGAAUAUUCUUUUAAAAUGUGAGCACUCUACAGUUUUAAUUAUGGACAUAUGCUACAUUUUUGGUGGUGUGUGUGUCUUCUCUUACACCAUUUUAGUUUCUUAGUCAACAAAAGUUAGGAAAAGGGCAGAGGAAAGCAUUCUCACUUUUGGAAUCCCUACUGUUUAGACCAGUACUGACUAUCAUAUAUGGCAAUUCUAUAUUAAUGUGCUCUGCGUCUCAAUACUUUUAUUUUUUAAUAAGGUGGAUAUCAAAAAUAGUUGCUGUGCAAAAUGUUAGUAGUCUUCUUCAAGAAGAAAUAAAUUCUUUUUCUAAUAUCCUGUGAAAUCUCUUCAUUCAUUCCUUUACUUUUAAGCCAAAUGUCAGCAGAGUACUGCUGCUUUUAUCUAGUAACUUUGAUAUGUAAGUAUUAAUGCAUUUUUAAAAGAUGUCUGUAAUAAAUGACUUGUUCUUCAUCUUGGCCCACUCCACUAUCUUGUGCAGCUUUUUCUAUGAGAGACCAUUUAAUACACUGGGGCCGUGUAUUUAUGUAUAUGUAUUGUUUUAAUUUGUUGGCCAUGUGCACCGAAGACCAAAAAUUAUUGUAAAUGAACUUGUGGGAAAGUUAAUUUUAUGUUUUUAUUGUUGUUCAAUUUUCCUUUCAUUGAUUCUUCCUUCCCCCCAAUUCUUGAAAAAUAAAGUGGGCUUAUUUGGUUUCAGCUCAUUGUACAAUUUAGUUUAAUGCCCAGUAGAAUUUUGUAAAGCAGGUUAAUUCCAAUAUUGAAAGGGGUUUAGUGAAAGAAUAGAUUUAAAAUUAACUAGUCAUGACUAAUCUAAUUUCACUAUCCUAACCUAAUGUAUAUUAAAUAUGAUUUUAAAAGUUAUAGACAUAUUGUGUGAUACCAGUUUGAUGUGUUUUCACAAGUGUUAUAAAAAUUAAAAUUAAUCUGCUCAAGAAAUGGCAGUUUCCAUUACUGACUUGAUGUAAAAUAUGAAAAUAUGAUGGGGUUUUUUUUUGUGUACUUUGUGUGUGUGAUUUUGCCAGCUACAUUAGCCUUCAAAAGUAUUUGGAUACCUUAAGCCACAUUUGUUGCAGAGAACAUUCCUUUCUGUGGUAUUUUGUCCUGUACCUGAUGUAUAGUAAUUAUUUUACAGACACGUUAGCACUUCUGUACCAACUUUGAAUAAAAAUGAAAAAUUUA